AUGCACCUACUCCGGGCGCGUCUCUCCCUCCACAAACUUCCAAAAUGGGAAACUACGGUCCGCCGGCUUGCUCCUCUGGCCGGGACGGUUCGCGGGCCUAAUGCCGUCCCCCUUAGGAGCGGACAAGCCCGCUCUUUCAGUCAACAACCAUCCCCAACGACUCUCCUUCUCGGCCGUUCACCUCUUCCUUUCCAAGCCCAUCCACCGACCCUGUCCCGCCGUCCGAGUCGCAUAUCUCCGUACAGCACCACCGUGACCACGCCCCCCUCCCCCACCCAGGAACCCACCAUCCACCCGGUCUUCGAACCCACGACAUGCACCUACCAGUACGUGGUCGCCGACCCAGCCACCCAGACAGCCGUCAUCAUCGACCCGGUGCUGGACUACGACCAGUGCACGCGCACCGUGACGACGUCGACCGCCGACUCGCUCAUCGCGCUCGUACGUGGGCAGGGAUAUUGCGUCUCGCACGUGCUCGAGACGCAUGCGCACGCCGACCAUCUCACCGCCGCAUUCUACCUCCAGCGGCGGUUUGCCGAGCUGCAGGAGGGCGCGCGGCCCAAGGUAGGGAUCGGCAAGCGGAUUGGCAAGGCGCAGCAGCUGUUCGCGGGACGGUACGGAGUUGGCAAGGCCGAGUAUGAGGGUGUCUUUGACGUGCUGUGGGAGGAUGAUGAGGUGUUUAAGGUUGGUGAGCUGAGAGCAAAGGUGCUGCAUUUGCCUGGGCACACGGAGGAUCAUGUGGGGUAUUGGAUCGGUGACAACGUCUUCUGCGGUGAUUCGCUCUUCCAUCCCUCGCUGGGCAGUGCGCGCUGUGAUUUCCCCGGCGGCAACCCGCACGCCCUGUACCGCUCAGCAAAGAAGCUCCUGUCGCUUGAAGACCAUGUCCGCAUCUGGACGGGGCAUGACUACCCUGUCGAAGGCAAGCGUGCGCCGGCACCUUGGAGCACUGUCGCGGACCACAAGGAGAAAAAUGUGCACCUGCGACACGGCAUCUCGGAGGAGGAAUUCGUGGCAAUGAGGAUGGGUAGGGAUCGGAGGCUGGCCGCCCCAAGGUUGAUUCAUGAGAGUUUGCAGGUCAAUAUCCGGGCCGGGCACGUGCCAAAGGAGCUGAGGGUGCCCGUUCAGGUGCAAGCACCUCUGCUACUCUAA